GCGAUUGGCACAGAUUUGGCCUUCACUGGUAGCCUGGUAACAUAUACUCCCAGGUCUUUGUCUGCCUCUGUGGUGGAUAGUGGAGUGUUUCCCAUGUGGUAUUGAUGUGCUGGAUAUCCCUUCACUGGUAGCCUGGUAACAUAUACUCCCAGGUCUUUGUCUGCCUCUGUGGUGGAUAGUGGAGUGUUUCCCAUGUGGUAUUGAUGUGCUGGAUAUCCCUUCACUGGUAGCCUGGUAACAUAUACUCCCAGGUCUUUGUCUGCCUCUGUGGUGGAUAGUGGAGUGUUUCCCAUGUGGUAUUGGUGUGCUGGAUAUCCCUUCACUGGUAGCCUGGUAACAUACACUCCCAGGUCUUUGUCUGCCUCUGUGGUGGAUAGUGGAGUGUUUCCCAUGUGGUAUUGGUGUGCUGGAUAUCCCUUCACUGGUAGCCUGGUAACAUACACUCCCAGGUCUUUCUCUGCCUCUGUGGUGGAUAGUGGAGUGUUUCCCAUGUGGUAUUGGUGUGCUGGAUAUCCCUUCACUGGUAGCCUGGUAACAUAUGCUCCCAGGUCUUUCUCUGCCUCUGUGGUGGAUAGUGGAGUGUUUCCCAUGUGGUAUUGGUGUGCUGGAUAUCCCUUCACUGGUAGCCUGGUAACAUACACUCCCAGGUCUUUCUCUGCCUCUGUGGUGGAUAGUGGAGUGUUUCCCAUGUGGUAUUGGUGUGCUGGAUAUCCCUUCACUGGUAGCCUGGUAACAUACACUCCCAGGUCUUUCUCUGCCUCUGUGGUGGAUAGUGGAGUGUUUCCCAUGUGGUAUUGGUGUGCUGGAUAUCCCUUCACUGGUAGCCUGGUAACAUACACUCCCAGGUCUUUCUCUGCCUCUGUGGUGGGUAGUGGAGUGUUUCCCAUGUGGUAUUGGUGUGCUGGAUAUCCCUUCACUGGUAGCCUGGUAACAUACACUCCCAGGUCUUUCUCUGCCUCUGUGGUGGAUAGUGGAGUGUUUCCCAUGUGGUAUUGGUGUGCUGGAUAUCCCUUCACUGGUAGCCUGGUAACAUACACUCCCAGGUCUUUCUCUGCCUCUGUGGUGGAUAGUGGAGUGUUUCCCAUGUGGUAUUGGUGUGCUGGAUAUUCCCUCCUAAGGUGCGGGACUUUACAUUUUCCUUCAUUGAAUUGUAGAAGCCACUUAUUGUUCCAUUCCUGUAGCUUGGUGAGGUCUUCUUGUAGGAAAUCCGCAGUCAAGGGGUUGAGCAAACAGAAUUGCAGUAAACUCUCACAUUUGGCGAAGCAUUGGUGUUAAAAAAAGCGCGCCAAAUUUGAACUCCCCAGAUGCGAAUCAUUAAAAACAACGGGAAAAACGCUAUUUGGCACCACCAGGGCCCUCGGUCAACAAACAUAUUUUUAGUUUUCUGGUGUUUCCAAUCAUCUUUUCUUUUUUCAUUCAUUAUUAGAUACCAAAAGAUGAUAAACAGACCAAAACUGACCCGCGUACUUAAGCUCAGGUCUCCCCAG